GCUCAUGCUUUGGUGGACGCCAAGACAACGUUCUGUGGGAAGGAACGUCGUCGGAAAACUACAUGUCCCGGCAUCCCAAGUAGGAGGCUAGACGCGUAGUUUUGGCGCAGUUUGUUGUCCGCCUCGCCCCCAGGCGCUGAUCAUAAAGGUUCCAUCCCAUGCGCAGUGCGGUUUGUUUGUUUUUGUGAGUGUGUUCCAGACAAGGGCUUCGUGUGGUGACAUUAUACUGGAAAGCUUGGGAUGGAGGAAGGGGAUCGCCGGACUGGCUCCUCGGGGAGUAACGGGCCCUUUUACCGGGAGUUAGGCCGCGUUUUUGUCUACUACAACAAGCAUCUGGGGAGGCUGCAUCAAAAUCUGAGGGAGACGAAGCGUUUUUUUCGGGACAUUAAGCAUACUUACAGCGGCGGAUCGGAUUCGGACAUCAGAGCGGCCGACUUAGGCCAGCUACAAUGCAUUUCAUUUCCCAGACAAGAGGAAGAAUACUUAAAGUUGACUGUCCGCUGUCGUCCGUGUAUCUUUGUUCUGGGGCAAAACUGUAGUGCCCGUGGCCGUGUGGUGAACACGCUAUUGGGUGAUCAGCUGCUACCAACUAGUGUCCAGUGUGAUCCAGAAACGUGUAAGAGGAGGCGAAUCCGUUUUCGACAUGGAAAGCAGACGCUGGUGAGCUUGGCACUGCCAGAGCAAUAUGAACUGGUCCACCAGCUGGUGGCACACCAGGGUAAAUGGGAUACUAUCCCAGAGGAGGACCUAGAGGUACCGGAGGAUGAAGAAGACCCUGCACACAGACUGGCAGAGCUGGAGGUUACUCUGCCUCAUCAACUGUUACAGGAAGUAGAUAUUGUGGUGUCUCCUUGCCGUGGCUCUCAGACACUGACUUCUACCUUGGAGGACUAUAUUGACCAUGUCCAGUCGGUCGUCGUGUAUGCAGUGAGUGAGGACUUACUGACAAAUCAGGAUGAGGAAGAGCUGACUGACAUAAAGGAGAAAUACAAGCUCCCUCUCUUUUUUCUCCGAACAACACCUCCCAAGGGCAAGAUAAUAAGUGGACCAGAUGCAGGACGUUCAGCUCUCUGUGAGCAGCUCACUGAACUUGGUUAUCUGAAAAGGGGGUUAUGUAGCUGUGGGGCUGCUGGGUCAGGUAGCUCUGCCCCCAGCUUGCUGGUGGAGCAGUUUGAUAAACUGCGUCAAUUGUGCAGCUUCUCUCGACAAGUGCUGCAAAUGCAUCUUGUUGAUGCAGCGAUGGUGCUAAAUAUGGUUCACAGCCGCUGCUUGGACCUGUUUAUCAACCAGGCUUUUGACAUGAGAAGAGAUCUGCAAAUUACCCCCAAAAGGCUAGAGUAUACCCGUCAGAAGGAGAGCGAGUUGUAUGAAUCUUUGAUGCGGAUUUCUGAUCGUAAGCAGGAAGAACUAAAGGACAUGAUUAUUGAAACGCUUAACAGCAUGAGAGAUCAGCUCCUUGAAGAUGCAGCGAACAUGGAUUUUAAAGAUAUCGCUAUCCCACAGAACGGAGAACCCAUUGGCUCGCAGGAAGUAAAAUCCUGCAUUUUUCAGAUCAAGGAGUUGAUUAUCUCACGGCUCAACCAGGCCGUGGUGAAUAAGCUUAUCAGUUCAGUGGACUAUCUGCGCGAGAGUUUUGUGGGUACACUAGAGAGGUGCCUCCGCAGUCUGGAAAGGUCUCAACAGGAAUCUGCCUCUCAUAUCACUAGCAACCACUUGAAACAGAUAUUAAAUGCUGCAUAUCACGUGGAGGUCACUUUCAAUUCAGGAUCCACGGUCACCAGAAUGGUUUGGGAGCAGAUUGUACAGAUAAUCCAGCGAAUAACCUGGGUGAGCCCCCCAGCUAUAACUCCGGAGUGGAAGCGAAGGGUGGCACAAGAUGCCAUAGAAAGCCUGAGCGCAUCCAAGCUUGCGAAGAGCAUCUGUAGCCAGUUCUGCAAGCGACUCAAGAGCUCCCACGAGGCCUUUGCUUCCUCCCUCAAGCAGCUGGAGGUUGGUCACUCGGGAAGGCUUGAAAAGACCGAAGAUCUAUGGUUAAAGGUUCGUAAGGAUCAUGCCCCACGCCUAGCACGUCUCUCAUUGGAGAGCAGGUCGCUGCAAGAUGUUCUGUUACAUGGAAAACCCAGGCUUGGCCGAGAACUUGGAAGAGGACAGUAUGGUGUAGUCUACUUGUGUGAUAGCUGGGGUGGACACUUCCCUUGUGCCCUCAAGUCUGUUGUUCCCCCAGAUGAGAAGCAUUGGAAUGACCUAGCUUUGGAGUUUCACUACAUGAGGUCGCUUCCAAAACAUGAGCGUCUUGUUGACUUACAUGGCUCUGUGAUAGACUACAAUUAUGGAGGGGGCUCGAGCAUUGCGGUCUUACUCAUCACCGAACGUUUGCACAGAGACCUCUAUGUAGGCUUGAAGGCUGGGCUACCUCUGGAGACACGGCUACAGAUAGCAUUGGACGUGGUGGAAGGAAUUCGCUUCUUGCACAGUCAGGGUCUGGUGCACAGGGAUAUCAAACUGAAGAAUGUACUGCUGGACAAAAAAAAUCGAGCAAAGAUUACUGAUCUGGGAUUCUGCAAACCAGAGGCUAUGAUGUCUGGAAGCAUUGUAGGGACACCAAUACACAUGGCUCCAGAACUCUUCUCGGGCAAAUAUGACAAUUCUGUGGAUGUGUAUGCGUUUGGAAUCCUUUUUUGGUAUAUAUGCUCUGGAUCCAUCAAACUCCCAGAAGCUUUCGAAAAAUGCUCAAGUAAGGACCACUUGUGGAACAAUGUCAGAAAAGGUGUACGUCCAGAGCGAUUGGCUAUCUUUGAUGAGGAAUGCUGGAAGCUGAUGGAGGCAUGUUGGAAUGGUGAUCCCUCUCAGCGUCCGCUUCUGGGCAUUGUGCAGCCCAUGCUACAGGGUAUCAGAGACCGCCUUUGCUAUAAGAAAAAGUCUGGCAAAACCUUGGAAGACUCUACCUGAUGUGUGACAAGACUUUCAAUAUAGUUGUUGUUCCUAAACUUCAGACAUCGCUUCCUGCUCUUCUUUAACUGCAGCGGAGAUACAGAACUCCCUGUACAGCUUGGCUGUUGGCACACACCAAGCCACUGAUUCGUAAAGGAACGGAGCUGUCUGUAACCAAACCAUGCCAGACAUAAGUUGAGUGUGCAGUUUUAACCACCUCUCUUUACCCUGUGUUUGCCAACUACAAGAGUACUGAACCAAGGGUAAACCAGCACCUUCUCCAAGCUUAUCGUGGGAUUGUGUAACAAAUAUUUUAAUUAAAGCCGUGAGGCAAAGUAGACCUUCUUAAUAGUAGUGGUUACAAGAAGGUAUAUUUCAGAAUAGGAGCUCGAGUUUGUGUAAACCAGCUUCUUAAUUGGGCGCUGUAAGAACUUCCAUCAAAAAGCUACACGAUUGUGCAGUCAUGGACCUUAUGUAAACAUGCUGUGGUUGCUUCAACAUCUUUAUCGCAUGCCUACUUCAUGCCUUUCAUUUCCUGCCCAACACUUGCCUAAAGCUCUGAUUGUGAACCUUGAGAUUCUAGGACUAACCAUUUUACCAAGGAAACUAAUUCUACUUUCAGGUCACCCAGGUUUACAAGGUGUACCACACAGGUCCAUGUUUAAUGUAUUCUGGGCCACUGGAAGGACAUUCGUGGAAAUAAGCUG